AUGCUUCUGUACAGCAAGGUCUUGCUAAACGCCCUGGAAUCGGCCGGGAAAACGGCCAAGAUUAGGUUUUCGGAAGACACACUCAAGGAGGUUAUAACAAAGACUCUCGGAAAACCAACGUCCAGCGACGAAAUUCGCUAUUUUAAAUCAACUAGAAGGACCAGGGCGCUCGCUCCUUGCAUUUUUGGCCACUUGAGGCCGAAAGUCAAGUUGGUAGCAUCGGCUUUAGAAGCCUCCGAACUCCCAAAGUCCACUCUUCCAGAGAUCGCAUUUUACGGGAGAAGCAACGUCGGUAAAUCGCUAUUGAUAAAUGCAGUUUUGGGAAAACAUGGAUUUUGUGAUGUAAAGGACCUUCCGGGGACAACCAGAAAGCUUUUUUUCUACAAGGUCUGUUCUCCCGGUAGGGUCAUGCUUGUGGAUAUGCCCGGGUAUGGGUACAGCGUAUGCAGUGAGGACGUUUCAAUUCUCUACAACGAGUUCUCCCUGUGGUAUAUAAAGAAUAGGGAGAAUUUAAAGCUCCUGGUCCUAUUGAUUGAUGGGAGGGUUGGUCUCAAGAGGUCGGAUUUCGAAGUUAUAAAUUUUUGUGACAAAUACAAGGUGCGGUGGUUACCAGUUAUAUCAAAGUGUGAUGCUGUGAAGCCCGUGUUACUUGCAAAAAUGAUUCAGAAGGUGCGGUUUGAUACGCAGCAAUUUAGAUUUAUGUUGACGCAUGCAAUUCCAGUUAGCGGUAUGAAAAUGCAGAAUUUGGACGAGCUGAGGAAUAUUCUCGGUGAAUUCAAGGCCAUACCAACGAUAGAAAAACCUCCGCUUGAACCGAAAAAAGAUGCAAAGGAGCCUAAAACCAAAACUUCAAAAAAGCUUCUCUACAACUAUCUCCCCGAAGAAAAGAGACUGCCUUUGGCAUAUAUUCCAGAGAAUGCUACUUCUAGCCCUACCCAACCUGUGUCUCAAUCUGCACCAAUUAAAGCUGCUGAAUCAAAGGAUGCUGUCAAGGCAACGGGUACAGGGAGCCAUUCUCUAAAGGACAUAAUUCUAGGAUCGCUGGAUGAUAUUUACGCCAAAAUGGGCUUCAAGGAUGAAUUACUGGCUAGCACUUGUACAGAUUCUGAGGAAGCUGUAGAUGAUUCUCUGGUUCCUAGCAAUUUUACGCCCGAAGCAAGUUUCGGUGCUGGGUACAAAAUAAAUAAAGGAUACAUUGAAAUCGCAAAUUAUAGUUACAAAUCUCUGGAAUUGGACAAGAAGAAUUCAGAAAAUGCACUAGUGACUAAAUCCACGCAAGAUGGGCUGGAAAACGGUAGCCAACUUAUCGACGGCGACAUCCAGUUUGAGCUUUCAGUCAACAUUGGAGAUACACUAGAGUAUGUAGCAACUGACGAUGAAAAUGCGCCGCAAAAAUCAAACUUGGUUGCAGAGAAGAUUGCGAGUUUUGAACGUAAACUAUCCUCUGGGCUAUUAAAGUUUUCAAAAAUCGGACGACCUCAAUUCAAGAGGAGUUACAAGAGGGUCUUUUCAAUGUUCAAACCAAAGAAUGCCAAAAAGUACAUGUACAUUACCAAGACAAAUGAAAAGGUCGACAAUUGGAGGAAGAUUUAUAACAAGUGGUCCAAAUGGAGCAGGAGACAUCCCGAUCUUGCAAGGUACGUUUAUUUGGCCGCUGGGUCUAUAUGA